AUGUCGAGGCGUGUGAAAGUUAAUUUCUCAAAACUGGUUUACAAGAUUACCAAACUAGCCAUAGUGUUGACCAUACUAUAUAUUUUUUUUACACCCAAAAUUAUUUCUCGAAAUGAUGAAUUAUUGCAGCAUGUUUUCCCUCAUAAGAAUCGCGACUCUCAAAUCAAUCUGGUCAUAGCGCAUCCCGAUGACGAGGUCAUGUUUUUCUCACCCGUGAUCUCUCAGCUACAUUCGUAUUUUCCGAUUACCGUCCCAUUCAACAUAAUCUGUUUGUCGAAGGGUAAUGCCGAUGGUCUUGGUGAAAGUAGGGUAAAGGAGCUGAAUGGAUCGGCUGCCUUGUUGCUACAAAAUGAACGACCCGUUUCAGUGCAAGUCAUGGAUUUCGAGGACGGUAUGGAUGAAGUCUGGGACAUCAAUUCUAUAGUCUCUACCAUCUCACAAACUAUAGAUUUGAGCAACGAGCAGCUGAACCAAAUCAUCGUCACCUUCGAUUCAUAUGGUGUAUCCGACCAUAUCAAUCAUAAGAGCUGUCAUACCGCUGUCAAGAGGUUGAUCGAUAGAUAUGCUGAAUCAAAGGCCGAGACAAAUGAAGAGACCCCGCAUAUCACAGCAUUAUAUUUGAAAAGUUACAAGAACAACAUUGUUUUGAAGUAUAACUCCUUCAUUUGGGAAAUCUUGAAAAUUCUUUACAGUGUCAUUGUCCCAUUCCCCAAAACCAUCCAGCCGCCUACAACGACGACACAAAGAAGUAAGCUGCUGCUAAUGAAUACGCAUGCACAGUACGUACUGGCAUAUGCUGCUAUGCUAAAUGCUCACAAGUCUCAGGUUGUGUGGUUUAGGUACGGAUGGUGGAUACUGUCGAGAUUUGUUUUCGUUAAUGAGUUCGAUGUUUAUACGUAUUGA